AUGCCUUUCGUAGAUGACGGGCGGAGCUCCCAAGCUUCGCGGAUCCGAAUCGCCAUUGACCGUGGAGGAACAUUCACGGAUUGUCUAGGCAUCAUUCCUGGAAGGCCAGAUAUUCUCAUCAAGCUGCUAAGCAAUGAUCCCGCAAACUAUGCAGAUGCGCCUACAGAGGGCAUCAGACGCAUUCUGCAGACUGCGACGGGGACUUAUGUGCUAAAUAGAGUAGAAAGCAUCAAGAUGGGUACAACGGUAGCCACGAAUGCUCUACUGGAGCGCAGCUCGACGCCUUGUGCUCUGGUAGUUACUAAGGGAUUCAAAGAUCUCCUACGAAUAGGAGACCAAACGCGUCCACGGCUGUUCGAUCUCAACAUCCGAAGACCCGAGACUCUCUUCAAAGAGGUGCUAGAAAUCGACGAGCGAGUCACGCUGCAUACAGCCACCGAGGACGCGGCGCCCAUACACCCACUCGAGGGCGAGACGUACGAUCUGCGAACAGGCCUCUCAGGAGAGCCAGUUCGAGUUCUCCAGCAACUAGACAGCGAGAAGUCGAGAGAGGGUUUACAGCAGCUUUACGACUCCGGCGUUAGAUCUCUAGCUGUGGUGCUUUUGCAUUCAUACACCUUUCCCGACCAUGAGCUUGAACUCGCAAAAAUUGCUUCAGACAUUGGCUUCACUCAGAUCUCGCUUUCCUCUCAGAUUUUCCCUAUGAUCAAAGCUGUCUCGAGAGGCUAUUCAGCUACUGCUGAUGCGUACUUGACUCCGCUCACACGCGCAUAUGUCAAUGGCUUCAGGAAAGGCUUCGUUGGCGACCUCGAAGACACCAAGGGCGCUAGGUGCGAGUUCAUGCAAAGUGACGGAGGCUUAGUUGGCUGGCAGAAGUUCAGUGGGCUCAAAGCUAUCCUCUCUGGUCCGGCUGGGGGUGUAGUGGGCAUGAGCCGCACGUGCUACGAUCUGGAGAGGAAGAAGCCCAUCAUUGGUUUUGACAUGGGUGGUACCAGCACCGAUGUCUCGAGAUUUGCUGGAGCUCUUGAGCAUACCUUUGAGUCGAUGACGGCUGGUAUUACAAUUCAAUCACCUCAGCUCGAAGUUGAUACCGUGGCUGCUGGCGGCGGAAGUAUACUUUCAUACCGCAACGGUCUCUUUCUAGCCGGCCCCGAGUCAGCCAGUGCCCAUCCCGGCCCGGUAGCAUACCGCAAAGGAGGUCCAUUGACUGUCACGGACGCAAAUCUAGUCCUUGGUCGACUACAAGCCGACUAUUUCCCCAAGAUAUUCGGCAAAGGCGAAAAUGAGCCGCUCAACUAUGAAGGAGCUCGUGCUGCGUUUCAAAAACUAGCAUUCCAAGUGAACGCAGACCUUGAAGCAUCCGGUGGAAAGACGAAAUCGAUUGAAGACCUCGCCCUUGGAUUCCUGGAGGUGGCCAACGAGACUAUGUGCCGACCCAUCAGGGCGCUCACGGAGGCUAAGGGCUACAGGACAUCUGAUCAUGAUCUUGCAGUUUUUGGUGGAGCUGGUGGACAGCAUGCUUGCGGUAUUGCUUCAAACCUUGGUAUUGAUAGAAUUCUCGUACACAGAUACUCAUCUGUUCUAUCGGCCUAUGGUAUGACGCUGGCAGACCUCGUUCAUGAUGUCCAAGAACCGUGUUCUACUAAUCUCGAGACCUCACUGGAGGAGUUGGAUCAGCGACUUGCGAAUCUCGAAAAGACUGCUGUCGAGAGUCUUGCUCACGAGGGAGUUCCGGAAAAGCUGAUGAGCUUCGAACAUUUCCUUAAUUUAUGUUAUGCCGGCUCGGAUACGACUUUCAUGAUUCAAAGACCCGAAUCAGGGACCUUUGCUGAGGCCUUUGUCGCUGAGCACAAGAGGCAGUUCUCAUUCAUCAUGCCUGGUCGAGAUGUCUUAGUCGAAGACGUACGAGUCCGUGCUACCGCAAGGAGCCCUUCAAUAGAGCCCACCUUUACGCUGAGCAAGCACCUCUCUGAAUUCCCACCUAAACCCGUUUCAUCGAAGAAAGCCGUAGACAGUGUUAAGAUGUAUUUCGAGGAUGGUUGGUCUACGGCACCUUUGUAUACUCUUGGAACGCUCUCUCCUGGAGAUCUUGUCAGCGGACCGGCCAUUAUCUUAGACGAUACCCAGACCAUCGUCGUCAGCCCAAAGUCCAAGGCCAUCAUUCUCGACCGCCACGUUGUCAUUGAGCUUGAUCAGAAGAGUGCUGUAUCAGAAAUCACUUCAGAUAUCGCGAAUAGAGUCGUUGACCCAGUCCAGCUUUCCGUCAUGGCUCAUCGCUUCAUGUCCAUCGCUGAGCAAAUGGGACACGCCCUCCAGAAGACCUCAGUCUCUGUCAACAUCAAAGAACGACUGGACUUCAGCUGUGCUCUAUUCAGCCCCGACGGUCGAUUAGUUGCAAACGCCCCUCAUGUUCCUGUCCACCUGGGCUCAAUGGAACAAGCAGUCAUGUAUCAGCACAAACUGUACGAAGGAAAACUCCGCCCUGGCGAUGUGGUCGUUUCCAACCAUCCCAUCUCGGGAGGAACACACUUACCAGAUAUAACCACGAUCACGCCCGUCUUCUCCGCCGACGGCAAAGAGAUCAUCUUCUAUACCGCUUCCAGAGGUCAUCACCAAGAAAUCGGCGGCAUCCUCCCCGGCUCCAUGCCAGCAGGCAGCGUCGAGCUCUUCGAAGAAGGCGCAACGAUCGUAUCCCACUUCCUCGUCCGCGAUGGUCAUUUCGACGAAGAGGGCAUGACGAAGCUUCUCCUUCAUGACCCAGCCCAAUUCCGCGGCUGUAGCGGCACCCGCAACCUCGCCGACAACCUCAACGACCUCAAAGCUCAAGUCUCCGCCAAUGCUAAAGGUGCUGCUCUCGUAACAGACCUUAUAGGUGAACAUGGUCUCGAUACGGUCCACUUCAACAUGCGCGCUAUCACUUCCAACGCCGAAUCGGCUGUCCGCGCUUUCCUCCUCCGCACCCACGCCGAACGUAAAGGCGAGCCAUUGACUGCCAUCGACUACAUGGACGACGGCACUCCCAUCGCCCUCACCAUCACCAUCGAUCCCACCACCGCAUCCGCCCACUUCGACUUCACAGGCACAGGCGAGGAAGGCUACCACUCCUUCAACGCACCGGCCGCAAUCACUCGCUCCGCCAUCCUUUAUGUCCUCCGCUGCCUCAUUGCGCAAGACAUCCCCCUCAACGAAGGCUGUCUCCGGCCUCUUACUUUCACGAUUCCAGAAGGCAGCAUACUCAACCCUUCUGCCACUGCUGCUGUGUGCGCGGGUAAUCCGAUUACUAGCCAGCGCGUCACUGACGUCGUGAUCCGCGCAUUCGAAGCCUGCGCCGCCAGUCAAGGCGACUGCAACGUCAUCUCCUUCGGCCACGACGGCGAUGCAGCUUACUCCGGUUUCGGCUUCGGCGAGACAAUCUGCGGAGGCAGCGGUGCAGGACCCGGGUGGCAUGGGACCAGCGGCGUGCAUAUCCAUAUGACGAACACGCGGAUCACCGACCCAGAGAUCCUAGAGAAGCGUUACCCCGUCGUGCUUCGCCAAUUUGAGAUCAGAGACGGCAGUGGCGGACGCGGUAAAUGGAACGGGGGCAACGGGAUCAGGCGAGUGUACGAGUUUGGGAAGGACAUGGGUAUGAGUGUUGUGAGUGAGCGGCGGGUGGUGAGACCGUAUGGGAUGAAAGGGGGCGGGGAGGGGGCGAAUGGGGUCAAUUUUCUGGCGAAGAAGAAGGAGGGCGGGGAAAGAAGGUAG